AUGGGAAAGACCCCUGGUCCAGAUGGGAUCACUCAAGAAAUCAUUACAAAGGCCUACAAAGCAAUCCCACAGAUCUUUUUUACUCUUUUCAGCAAACUCCUCAAUCUCGGAUAUCACCCUAAAUGCUGGAAACAAGCUACUGGAGCUAUUCUAAAGAAAGCCUCAAAACCUGAUUACUCACUUCCAAAAGCAUAUAGAGUGAUUGCACUCUUAAACUAUCUAGGAAAAAUUAGUGAAAGGAUUCUAACUCAACGAUUAGGAUAUUUAGCGGAAACUACCCACCUUCUACACAAGAAUCAAAUAGGAGGCCGCCAAAAGAAAUCAGCAAUCGAUGCUGCACUUCUAUUAACAACAGAAAUCGAAAGAAACAAGCAAGCUAACAAGAAGACCUCAAUAUUAUUUAUGGAUAUAAAGGGAGCAUUCGAUCACGUUUCAAAAAAUCGACUACUGGAUAUCUGCAGGAAGUUAAGACUACCGACGAAUCUCAUCUCCUGGAUAGCUUCAUUUCUUCAACAAAGACAACUAAAACUAUCCUUUAAUAACCAAAUCGAAUCUUUCAAGCCAAUUUCGACCGGAAUACCACAAGGCAAUCCAAUUUCUCCAAUUCUCUUCCUUAUAUACAUUAGGGACCUCUUUUUAUCCAAUUCGAUCAAAUUUCUUUCCUAUAUUGAUGAUAUUGCCCUAAUCACCAAUUCAUCUACAUGGAAAAAGAAUAUCAAAUCUCUAGAGAGAGCUACAAAACAAAUCUACGAACUCAGCUCAAAGAAUGCUAUUCAAUUCGACCUAGCAAAAACAGAGCUAAUGCACUUUUCAUCAUCCAAAUUGACGAAAAACUACCCAAUCAAACUACCCAAUUCGGAAAUAAUUAUACCUCAAUCUCUAAUUAGAUGGUUGGGAAUAUGGUUCGACCCAAGCCUCAAAUUCAAUCAACAUGUUAAUAUUCGAAUCACACAAGCAAAAGGAGCCUUCCAUCGAAUGGCCCGAUUAGCUAAUAUCGAAAAGGGCCUCAGUCCGAAAGCUCUUAGACAAUUAUAUAUAGCAUGUGUGACCAGUAUAGCCGAUUACGCAUCAGUGAUUUGGUGGAGAGGCCAAGCCCAUUUCAAGGAUAUGAUGCAAUCACUUCAAAAUCUAGCUCUUCGAAAGAUAUUAGGAGUAUUCAAAACUGCUCCAAUUCCUCCAAUGGAAGUAGAAGCAGGCUUAAAACCCUCAAAAAUUCGAUUAGACUCGAAUAUUAGGCAAUACGCAUUCCGUUUAGCUAAACUUUCACCAAAUCAUCCAAUCAAUAUCGAAAAAGCAUCACUAAUCCAAUAUCAAGCCAAUUUGGAUGCGAUCUCUACCCCUCGAAGAAAACGAUAUAAACCUACUCAACUAGAUAAAAUCAAAGAAUCGAUAAACCAGGACUUCAACCCUUCCUCACUCGAAAAGAUCAUUCAUUUUAACUUCCCCCCAUGGAAAAGAGAAACCCCCUUCCGAGUUAACAUUAGCAAUUCGUCAAAAGAAGAUGCUGCUAUUCUUCAUAAUAUUGUUUUCAAACAUAGGGAUAAAGAUACCACCUAUAUUUACACUGAUGCCUCCUCCACCGAAAAGGGAAUAGGUAUUGAAGUAGAACUUUUUGGAGUUACAAGAGCUAUUGAAUACGCUAGCUCAAUCGCUUAUACUGGUCAAAAGUUCAAAAUCUACUCGGAUAAUCAAGCUGGUUUAUACCGCUUAAAAACUCCUUCAGAUCACCCAGGACAAGCCAAUCAGAUAAGAGCGAUCAAAGCAGCAGAAGUUAUCAGAGCAAAAGGAGCCGAAAUCUCCUUAAAUUGGGUUCCUGGUCAUACCUCAGUUGAAGGAAAUGAGCUAGCAGAUAAGCUAGCUAAGGAAGCAACCACAAUACAACCUACCUCGAACGAAACAAGCUUUGGACUACUAGGUAUGAUUGUCAAAGAAUAUGCCUCAGAUCAAUGGCUUGAUACUCUCAAACAAUACGAACUCAGAUCAAACCAAUCCCCAUCAACUUACUCGAAGCUAUUUCCAUGGAAAAUAGGUUCCAAAAUCAAGCUACCAAGCGGAACUACUCGAAAUACUGCUAGCGCAUUCUUUCAACUCAAAUUAGGUCACGGAUAUAUCAAAUCCUACUUACAUCAUUUCAAACUCACCAAUAACAAAUGUAUAUGCAAUAAUAUUGAGGCAUCACAACACCUCCUUAUUAGCUGUCCUAUAUAUAAAACAAAAAGAAAAGAGAUCUUUAAGAAGAUACCAUUAUCCAAAAACACUAUACAAUUCCUAUUACAUACAAAAAUAGGUAUCGAAUUAGCUAUCAAAUUUAUCAAUAUCACUAAAAUCGCUACAAGGGCAUGGCAUCUAGCAAGGACUCUUGAACAAGAAGUAAUAGAGGAAGGAGUAGUAGUGGAAGAGGAGAGAGGAGAAGAGAAUGAAGAAGAAGCAAUUGAGGAAAUAAGAGAGGGGUUUGACCUCCUUACAAUUUCUUGA